GACGCCUACAGCCGUGUGUGUGCUCUUCUGGAGUGGACACUUCGCUCUCGCUGUUCCAACACUCGGGCUACCAGAGACAUCAUGGACUUCUGGAAGUUCUUUCCUUUUCUGGCUCUCAGCAGCAUAUGGGUCCUGUGCCUGGCCAGCGGCCUCCAGGCCGCCCCUUUCAGGUCAGCUUUGGAGAGCAGCCUAGACCUGGGCACCCUCAGCGACCAGGAAAAACACCUCUUGCUUGCUGCCCUGAUGCAGGACUAUGAGCAGAUGAAGGCCAGGAAGCUGGAACAGGAGGAACAGGAGACUGAGGGCUCCCGUGUCACUUCCCAGAAGAGAUCCUGCAACACUGCCACCUGUGUGACCCAUCGGCUGGCAGACCUGCUGAGCAGAUCAGGAGGUGUGCUGAAGGAUACCUUUGUGCCCACCAAUGUGGGCUCUGAAGCCUUCGGCCGGCGCCGCAGGGACCUUCAGGCCUGAGUAACUAGCGGCUCCUGGAAGAAGGUUACAUAAAGUUGAACUCACCAUGCCUAUUAAUUUUUUUAUUAAACAACCCGAUGAGAAGACCUCAAGGACAAUGUGUAUGUUUGCAUCCUGAUAGAUAAUGAGGGAAACCACCAUUGUUACUUAAAAGGAAUGAAAUCAAGUAUAAAUGAGUUAUUUCUGUGUUUGUUUGCAUCAUUUUUAUACUGAGUCUGUGGCCAGUCAAAUAUGAUGGUGUCUCCCACUGGCAUCCUUUGCAGCAAACCAAAUAAGUUCUCUAAGAGCCAUCCAGCCGAGGGUAGCAGCUUUGUUGAACCUUAGGGAGAUGUGAAAUCACUGCCUCUUGUAGCCACUGGGGACCUGUGGUAGAGGAGAUGCUGUGCCUUUAUGUCUCAGAACAUGAUUGUAAAUUUAUUUAAGGAAAUGUCAAAUUGUACCAUUUGUGAACUUCAUCAAAAUUAAAACAUAUUUUGGAUACA